AUGCUGGUUUUUGAAGGAUACAUUAUCUUUUCCCUCCUUGUUCUUCUCCUUCUUUUGCAGGCACAUUCUUCUCCAUCGCGUAUAUGCAUCACCUCUACUCCACCGGCGAAAUUAUGUUCUUCAGACUUCAGUACUCGGUCCGCUGAAAUAAAGAGGCCGGCAGAAAAAUUGACACCUUUUGCCCUUGCCCUGGACGCAGCUCUCCAGAAACUUCAAUCGAUCCAAGCAACGUUUCCUUCAAUCGAUCCAAAUGGGUCGAUUUCUUUUCAAUUGCAAUUGAUCCCUUCUGUUUCUAUCAAUUUCGACUUACUUGUACAUGUGAUGGUCGAUAGUCUCUCAAGACUCCCUCUGAAGACAAUCAUCCACUGCAAGUGUGUAUGCAAGAAGUGGUUGGAUCUCGUUUCAGACUCUUACUUUGUCAAUCUUCACAUCUCCAGAUCACCCGUAGGCCUCAUGAUCUACCAUUACUUAGAAAAAGAAUUGAUGGGUCACCCUAAACUGCGUAUUUUGAAGUGGGCGGAGGUCAAAGACAAAGUCAAUCACCACAAUUUACACCACGACCCUGUCAUGAGCCUUGACCUUAACCUUGUACCCAUUUUCCAAGACUCUCAAAUACUCCUAAUGGGCUCAGUCAACGGUUUGAUCUGCUUGUGGCAGGUUUCUGCUAAAAGUGAUAACAUUUACAUAUGCAAUCCAAUCACAAGAGAGUAUAUGAUCCCCCCUAGACAACAAUACCAUGGAAAAGGUUAUGCUAUAAAUGUUCAUUGCUUUGGUGUCAGUUUACUCUCACAUGAAUACAAAGUCAUACAGAUCUUCCAAAGGGUAUUAAUAUUACCCCUAAAUCUAACCUCAUCAUCAUCAUCGUAGCCGAGUUUAUUGGAAGCAGAGGUUUACACUCUAGGCAUGGGUCACUAGAGAAGUCUUGGUCAUGUCCCGUAUAAGAUUAAUGGAUUCCAUGGACCAUAUCUAAACGGCCAUGCUCAUUGGUCGAUUGUUGUUGAUCAAGAUUCCCUUGAAUAGAUUUAUGCUUUUGAUUUUGACAAGGAGACAUUUAAGUUGUUCCCAUCUCCACGUGUAGAAGCUAUACAAAGAAGUCGAUUCCAUUUCCGAACUUUAGCAGUUCUUAAAGGUUGUUUAUGUCAAUCUAAUACCUUUGAUUCUCAAUUCACGAUGUGGGUGAUGAAGGAACAUGGGGUCAAGAAAUCUUAGCAAAAAUGGAGUUAAUUAAUAAUAUAUUGUGAUUUGAGAUUAUUGCAUAAAAGUAUUAUUAUAAAAAUAUUGUUUGAGGGUAAUAUAGUCAUUUUGCAUAGUCAGUAAGAUGUAAAAUCAAACAGCAAGUCUCAGUCAGAAGUUAACUCAGUCAGAAUUUCUAACCCGAUCAGCUUCUAACCCGGUCAGCUCUAACUCAAUCAGUAACUAUCAAACGACCCCUUAAUACCACUAAAGACCUUUUGGUGAGUUAGUCAACACUAAAAACCUUCUGAACUCCCAUGUGGCCGACCUGAAAGAUAUCAAUCCAACAACACUUAAUACCACUAAAAACCUUUUGGUGAGCCUGGUCAAAUAAGACAGUUAAAUGUUAAAAAUAUUUUGGUCAUGUUGAUUUGAAUUGACUCAUAAAUAUAUUUGUUUGGAUAAUAUCCUUAUAUAUUGGAUUCAUAUACAACUGAGCAAUUGUUUUUUUCUUAAACAAGAAAUUUCCCCAUCACUACUUCGUGGGGACGCAUACGAGGCCUCUCAUCAUUUUAUCACACAUCAGUUAUUUCAUUUACCCAUGUUUUACCUAACAUUUGCGUAGAUAUAAAAUACAUAUACAGUUUAAAUCAUUUAAACAUGUAUAAAUCGUUCAGCUAGCAUAGAUAUCAGGAACACAUAUAAUAUGCACACAUAACACGUAAUUUAUAUUAAAUACUUCAUAUUUGUGCAUAAGAUGAAAGUAACUAUGCACUGAUAACGUUUAUUUUAUACAUAUAAUUUAGGUGUUUUCUUAUUAUUUUAUGUUAUGUUUUUAUAAUAUUUAGAGCUAAAAGGUACUUAUAAUGCUUUGAAUUGUAAUUUAUAGCUAUUAAUUAUUGUUGGAGUGGAAUUGAAGCAAAAAGACUGGAAAAACGAAGUUGGACUACAAAUAAGAAGAAUUGGGCUGAAAGUGGGUCGAAUGCCCUGUGUUCCCAGGAUGAACGUGUUGCGUUCGUGGCUUGCUGGUUACAGGAUCGCUUGGAGGAACGCCCUACGUUCCUUGGACCUACGCGCUGCGAUCGUUUGGCGGUGUAAAAUUACUAUAUAUCGACAUUUAAUUCGUUCAAAAAAGGGAUUCCGACUUCUAACCUAUUUUAGUCGACAAGUAACUUCUGGUGAGCCGUUUUGAGGGUCUAGGAGGCGGCCGAAAGGCCGUUAAGCUGACAGGAGCGAAGAUCUGAAGGAUUAGAGAGCGGAUUUGUGUCGGUAAUCAUGUGGUUUGUUAUCGUGACCAUGUUUAGCAUUCCAUUGUGAUGCCACUAUGUGUUUACUUUCUGAUUGGGUGUUAAACCCUUUGCUUUGUGUUUAUGAUUAGAUGAAACCUUGAAUUUGUGGAUUAAUUGCUAUAUUGGAUUAUUUUAUUCAUGUUUAAUUUAUCUUGUUGAGCUUGUUAAA